AUGAUCGGUGGUUGGACGACUAAUCCAACCAAUUAUAUUGGGCUGGUUUGCAAACUUCGUGGUUUUUUUGUAUUCACAACAAGAACAAUCGGUUCGUGGUUUGUUGUACUAGCCACUGUCGAUCGAUGGCUUUUGUCAAGUAUCGAUGCUCAUCGUCGACAGAGAAGCACAUUAAUAAAUGCUAAACGAUGGACAAUAAUUAUUGUUCUUCUUUCAAGUCUUCUCUAUGCUCAACAACUAUAUUGUUAUGAAGCAAAUCUUAUUGAUACUCCUCUGCGAUGCUAUGGUAAAACAGUUGCAUGUCGUUAUCUCACUGAUUUAUCAUUUGCUGUAAUGACAAUUAUACUCCCUUUAUUUUUCAUGAUUUUAUUUGGUUUGUUAAUUAUUUCAAAUGUACGUCAAUCUCAAAGUCGUAUUCAAGCAUUACAGUUACAGAAUACCAAUUCUACGAGAACUAAGUCGUUUGGAUUAACUGCUGGAACUGCAGAUACAAAAAGUAAAAAGAGAACAGAUUAUAGUCUUCUUCGAAUGCUUCUUUUUCAAGUUUUGCUUCUCGCUAUUUUCACUCUUCCAUUGUCUCUUGACAAAUUUUAUUCAUCCUUUUCAAGAGACGACGGAUCUGAAGUAGAAAAGUCUAUCAAUGCCUUCGUAUAUAAUUUAGCCAUUUUGAUUUAUUUUCUAUCAAAUGGUAUAGCCUUCUAUGUUUAUACAUUGUGUGGUGGACCUGUGUUUCGAAAGGCAUUGUAUAAUACUGUUGUGAUGAUGAAGCGAAGAAUGAUAUAUCGAUAG